AUGCUAAUCGCGCAUAAAAUAAAUCUUCGAACUUUUUUCCAUUUUAUGCUCAUAAAGCUUCCUUACUGUCACCUUAUCAAAAGAGCUUUUGCCACUAAAGUAGUCACACCCAGAAUUGCUCCCGAAUAUCGUCCAACAAUGCUAGGAUCUGUGGAAAGUUUGACAAAUAAUUUGAACACCUUGAGCUUGAAGCUUCCUGAAGUUAAUAUCCAAGGCUCCUUUCCAGAAAGUAACCCAGUGGACCUUUUGAGAAACUACAUCACUCAAGAACUUAGUAAAAUUUCUGGAGUUGACAAAGAAUUGAUUUUCCCAGCCUUGGAAUGGGGUACCACACUGGAAAAAGGUGAUCUUUUGAUCCCAGUUCCUCGUCUGAGAAUAAAGGGUGCUAAUCCUAAAGAUUUAGCCGAACAAUGGGCUGCUGCAUUCCCAAAGGGUGGAUAUCUUAAAGACGUUAUUGCGCAAGGACCUUUCUUGCAGUUCUUUUUUAACACAUCGGUUCUGUACAAGUUGGUGAUAUCUGAUGCUCUGGAGAGAGGCGAUGACUUUGGUGCACUUCCUCUAGGAAAGGGACAAAAAGUUAUAGUGGAGUUUUCUUCUCCAAAUAUUGCCAAACCUUUCCACGCUGGCCAUCUUAGAAGUACAAUCAUCGGUGGUUUUAUUUCCAAUCUGUAUGAAAAGCUGGGUCAUGAAGUUAUGAGGAUGAAUUAUUUGGGAGACUGGGGAAAACAAUUUGGUGUUCUUGCAGUAGGAUUUGAGCGUUACGGUGAUGAGGCAAAAUUAAAGACUGAUCCAAUCAACCAUUUGUUUGAGGUCUAUGUUAAAAUCAACCAAGAUAUUAAGGCUCAAUCAGAGUCUACUGAGGAGAUUGCAGAAGGGCAAUCAUUAGAUGACCAGGCAAGAGCUUUUUUCAAGAAAAUGGAAAAUGGCGACGAAUCGGCUGUAAGCUUGUGGAAAAGAUUCCGUGAGUUAUCCAUUGAGAAGUACAUUGAUACUUAUGCCCGCCUCAACAUCAAAUAUGAUCUUUAUUCUGGUGAGUCACAAGUCCCCCAGGAAAUUAUGGACGAAGCCACCAAGAUCUUUGAAGAAAAAGGCCUGCUUAGCGAAGAUCAGGGUGCUAAACUGAUCGAUCUAACAAAGUUCAACAAGAAAUUAGGAAAAGCUAUCGUUCAGAAGAAGGAUGGUACUUCAUUAUAUUUAACUCGUGAUGUUGGUGCUGCCAUUGAUCGUUACAGAAAGUAUAAAUUCGAUAAAAUGAUCUACGUGAUUGCCAGUCAACAAGAUCUGCACACUGCUCAGUUCUUUGAAAUUCUGAAACGGAUGGAUUUUGAAUGGGCUAAGAAUUUGACUCACAUCAACUUUGGUAUGGUGUUGGGUAUGUCUAGCCGAAAGGGAACAGUUGUUUUCUUAGACACUAUUCUGGAAGAGACCAAGGAAAAGAUGCACGAUGUCAUGCGUAAGAAUGACUCCAAAUACCAACAGAUUGCCAAUCCAGAGGAAGUUGCUGAUUUGGUUGGUAUAUCAGCUGUCAUGAUCCAGGACAUGCAGUCUAAACGUAUUAACAAUUAUGAAUUCAAAUGGGAGCGUAUGACUUCAUUUGAAGGUGACACGGGUCCCUAUUUGCAAUAUGCUCACUCUAGAUUGGCGUCAAUUACCAGAAAUGCUGACAUUGAUCUCGCUGAGCUUCCAGGUGCUGAUUUCGGGCUGUUAGUUGAGCCUCAAGCUGAAUACUUGGUUCGUUUGUUAGCUCAGUACCCAGAUGUUCUUAGGACUUCUUUGAAGAACCACGAACCAUCCACUUUAGUGACUUAUCUGUUCAAGUUGACUCACCAGGUGUCUUCAUGUUAUGAUGUUCUAUGGGUUGCCGGACAAGAAAAACCAUUGGCAACCGCUCGUUUAGCCCUUUACGCAUCUGCUCGACAAGUUCUAUAUAACGGUAUGUUGUUGUUAGGUUUGACUCCAGUUGAAAGAAUGUAA